GAAAACAGGACUUGUCCUUUAACCUUGUCCAAAAAUGUAAAUGUGGUUUGAUGCAAAAGGGGGAGGAGUUGACUGUGAAUUUGAGUAGGGUUGAGCAUAUUCAGAGCUAACGCUUAAAGAUUCUGUUUUUUAGUGGAGAACUGAACCAUGUAUCGUUACGUCUUUCUCCUCUUUAGUGUCUCUAUGGCUGCUGGGAUGGAAAGUGGCAUUAUAGGUGGAAAAGAGGCAAAACCUCAUUCAAGACCAUACAUGGCCUCUCUUCAGCGUAAUGGACAUCACACUUGUGGAGGGAUGCUGAUCAGAGAGGAUUUUGUAUUAACUUCAGCCCACUGUUUAAAUCGCAGUGAAUAUUCUGGUCGGAACUAUUUGGAAGUCGUUCUGGGAGCCCACAAUAUCAGUCAGGAAGAAGAAAGCCAACAAAGGAUCCAAGUGAAACAAUACAUUCGUCAUAAUUUGUUUGAACAGAACAACUUGAAAGACUUCAGCUAUGAUAUCAUGCUAUUAAAACUGAAGAAAAAAGCCAAGCUUAAUGAUUUUGUGGAUGUUAUUCCUCUACCAAAGAAAAAUGGAAAAACACCAGCCCAUAAAAAAUGCUCUAUUGCUGGUUGGGGCAUGAAGAACCAAAAAAAAAUAAAGCCAUCAAGUGUGCUGCACGAAGUCUCUCUCAAACUGGAGGCCAGCUGUAAAUGUCAAAGCAAGUGGCAGAAGUGGUUCAAUUCUGAAAGAAAUAUCUGUACUGUCCCAGAUGGGAUAAAAGCUUUCUGUCAGGUAAACUGCAAUGUCACUAUAAAGGAUAUUGAUUAAUAAACUGUAAUAUGCCAUUGCUUAACAAGCAGAAUA